ACAGAAUUUAGGAGCUUGCUCGGACCGGAGCGAAUUUUAUCUCGAUUCGAGUCAGGUAGCACCAGAUUACAACGUCGCUUUGCCGUCGCUACUUGCAGCCACCCACAGCGUCUUUUCUUUCCAACCUCUUUCCUUCUGCCUCCAUUAUCUUCCUCUUCUGCAAGGGGCUUAACAUGGCUGUGACCACAAAUGGUGGCCACAAUCGCUCCUAUGCGUGCAAAUGCCUUAACGUACGCAUUAAUACCCGUUCCCCUCCGAGCAGUGCGGAACCCGCGGAGAAGGAUUACACUUCAGUCUAUGUUGGCGACGACGGAAUAUCUGUUGCGCACAACCAACUUACGCUCCGAACUCGGAGUCGUGCAAAAGAACAGAAGCGAGGGGACGAGACAGUGCUGACUCGAUAUAUGUCCCUGACUUGCCUGAUCUGCCGAACAUUGGUUUAUCGUGUUCUUCAAGUUAUCACGCCUGAUGUCGAUUGUGGGGAAGGUCCGGUACCACCCACUGAGGACUGGGCAGAAUGUGAGCUACUCAAGUCGCCCUCGGGUUGGAUCGAGGUGUACAAGGACUGCAUCUCUGACGAUGAUAUCGCAAGGGCCGAGGCCUCUCCAUUAUACUCGCGCACGUUCUGCAUUGUCUUACCAUCCGGCGGUUCAUCGUCUUCUGCGGCGCCCUCCUAUUCAGCGCCCUCCCAAUCAAAGAUAUCGUUCGAGCAACGAACGCACCUUCCCCCUCUACCUCCGCUCUUCCUACCCCCUCCAUUCACACCCUCGCAUACUGUCUUCAGACAUAUUUCUUCGAUAGCAACCGAAAUAUCCACCAAGCUUCGCGAGGAGGCAGAGGAAUACCUAGCCAAAGUUGUCCAAGACAAACUCCAGGAGCUCCAACUGGCCGAGUCCAAACUCAAACAAGAAGUAGAGACAAUCUGGUUGCAAUGGAGACAUGCCCUUACCCAGAUUGAGCAAGAAUUCAAGGAGAAGAAGAAGCGAAGUCGAAGUCGAACUCGUCAAAGUAGCGCCAACUUCUACCGACCUACAAGUCCAAACAUUCAGGAACUACCUGCAUCAAUACGAAUAACCAAUUUCGUCCCUCCGCAAAGUCCCAUACAUCGUUCUUUAUCUUCGGUAGCAUCUCCUCCGGGCAUGAGUUCAGCCUUGUCCGCUUCCCUGGCCACCUCAUCAUUCCACCACCCCAGGGCGCAAGCUGAGCGUAAUGGAGCCGCUCCAGCGGUGAUCACCAAUGGAGCGAGGACAUCGCCUCCAGUCUAUUCGCCUCGAGUAGCCUCGCCUGAACCAGAAACUGAAACUUCUACACGAGAUCGGUCACCAGCCACAGCUUCUUCUCGUACGCUCGCUCUGAACAUUCAGAAUGAGGCGGGUUCUAUUCGGGAGGCAUACAGGAGAAACAUGGACGAGUCCAAGGACAUCGCAACAAGCUUCAAAUAUGUUUUGGACAUGGCUGAACAAAUGGAUGAGAUGCGUGGGGGAAAACCUCUUCACAUAGUCAAAGAGACGGAACCGAUACCGCAGAACGUUGCACCGAGUGUAGUAGGUUCACAGCCUCGUGGACGGUCUCCGAGGACGAGCAAGAGUGCUAUGAAGCAUAGUCAUGAUAAUGACGCGUCCACGUCUACCACUACCAAACAAGAGAAGAAGAAUGGGGAGAAGCCUGCUGAGAAGGCCGUUGAACAGAAUCACGAUGUCAAAUUGGACUCUCGUGAUAAGGGCAAGCGAAAGGUUACUUUCGUUGUGAGUCCCGACGUGACUAUCAUUGAUGGUGAGGCGUCGAAGGAGAUGAAGGCUGAGACACCUGGGGAAGAAGAAGCUGCUAUCUUCGAUUUCGAAAGUGAAGCUGGAGAUCGUGGAAGCAUUGUUGACCCGCUGUCCCACCGUAACUCCGAACCGACAAGCCCGGUCGACGCUAUCCAAGCACCACAACGACCUCGUCGAGUGCGGCAAACUGAUGCAUCCGGAUUACCUUCUUCAUUGUCAACGCUGCGUCCGGCGUCUUUGCCUCAACCCUCCGCAAUACGUCCUCCUUCUAGUUCUGCUAAAGAUGUUGACCAGAAACCUAAGCCAGAUGAAGUCGAUGAGCUCGUCUUGGCUAACCAGUAUCUGGCGAAGACCAUCGGAACAGUUGAAGAGUCACCUCCGGAAGACUUCCUGGAAGAUGAUAUUGACUCUCGUGAGGCCGAGAUCUUGCGAUUGGUCGCUGCGCAUACACCCAGUCACCGCAAUGCAUGGAAAAAGAAUAGCAAGGCAUGGCAGUUAUUUGUUAGUAGGCAGGGGAAGAAAAAGAAAGAUUCUGGUCGGAUAGCUGAGGAGGACGAGGAGGAUUCUACUUCAAGUCGUGCUGGAUAUUAUGAUUCGACUGAGGAUGAGGCUAGUACAGAGGAUGAUACCAGAAACGAUCCUCAUUUCCAGUUGGCUACCUCGGCACCCAUACCCAUCGCACCCAUUGGCCGAGGUCGCCAUUUUGGUAUGCAGUCUUACCAACCUAAGACGUCUUUAUCGGAUCGCCCAGGUGUCCUCGUUCCUGCAUUACGCAAGAACUCUUCUGCAGCGCUGAAGGCGUCAUAUGCUGAACGAGACCGAUUCCGGUCCAUCGACCCUGGUAUCGUGGACUUCGCUGAUGAGGAUGAGGACGAUGAAGAAGACGAAGAUGACGUGAGAAACGGAGAGGAUGUUGGAGGAAGAGCGAGACAACGUGCGUUGAAGAUUCUGCAGGCGAGAGAUAGUGUCCCAGCUGCUGGAAUGUGGCGGAGCCUCGCAUCAUGAGAUUUCAACAUAUCUCGGAAUAAUCAUACCAAUGUAUGAACAAUUGACGGUCUUCUGUGUUUUGCUACCACCAUCUACAUUACACCCCAUUUUGCAACUAAUAUUUGUCCUUCGUAAAUCAUCAAUGUAUGAUCCGCUUUGUAGCUUUUAGCACCUUGCAGUUGUCGAAAUCGCGUUUCGCGCUUUUCUCACCCGUGACCGCUUUCUUCCUACUUAUUAUUCCCUAGGGAUUUUUCUUUCUUCCCUUUAUCUUACGAUUCUUAGGAUGUCUGUAAAUGCAUCGCUGUGUAUUUGGUGCUUUCGUAGUCGUCGUGCUCUGUACAUAUUGUAUCUGUAAUGUGCUUCGGAACCGUCUACAUUAUUUUCACUUUCAACCGCGGUCUAACAUCGUUUCAGCACAUACAGUAUAUUUGUCG